CGUGACGCACUGAAAGCAGAGAGUCAAUGUGAGCAAGGGGGAGGAGGAGGAGGAGGAGAAGGAGAAAGAGUUGGUGGUGAGAUCGAUGAAGUGGCAGGCAGAGGGAGGAGGAAAAUCUCACGAGAUAAUGAAAGAAAAAGAGGAGAGCUGCUAGUGUAGAGCAAGAAAAAAAACGAGGCUAGACCCGGAGAUUUUUUUGGAGUGGAAAACAAAGACCGAGAAACGGGAACGGAAGAGAGCGAGAGAGGUUCUGCCUGUAACCGCAGAUGGUUUUUUUGCUCUCUGGUUUUUGGUGAAUGUAGCACCCCGGGGCGCAGCGGACCAAUUGUGUGAAUCUGCAGGGCUGCUCGGCGACACAAUCGGAGACAUGCACAGGACGGACAACAGCCGCGGACGCGCUCUGAGAAGUGGAUCAUAAAGGCACAAAAGCGAGGCUUCUGCCGAAGAACACAGCUGAGCACCAAAGAGACAAGAGAGCAGAGUGCUGAUGCACAAGUGAGAAUAAAAUCACAGUUAAAGCUCCUGAUGCUGUUGCAAACUCGUUUUCUUGGAGUUUGAGGGAGUUUGAAGACAGUACUUAACGUUAUCAGAUAAUUAAUUAGACACCCCAUAAGCCCGGAAAUCAAUUAAUUCACAAAUCAAUAAAUCCAUAGUCUGGUGUAACAAGAGACCCUCCAGACUGUUAGCCCGGCUGUUGAACAACAAUAACAAGAGAAGAGCAACAACACACAGGGGCAAGAAAUACAAUUUUAUUUGUUGAAAUUGAAGAUGGAUGGGGGUCUAGGGGAGAUGUCCCUCCACAGCCACUCAGAUCUGGCUCACAGCCAGGACGGCAGGGCCAUGCUGCACUCCCGGGACCUUUCAGCUGCUUUCCCCAGGCCUUCCCUCGGGGGUCCCUCCAUGUCUCUGGAGCCCGAGCCCCGUCCACCGGGCUUCGACCACUCCAUGUCGGCACUGGGCUACAGCGGCGACUCCCCGUCCAGCUCUGGCAGCACCUACACCACCCUGACCCCACUGCAGCCCUUUGAUGACAAGUUCCACCACCACCACCAUCACCACCCCUGCCUCCCUGUCAGCAAUGUCAUCGGCAGCUUCACCCUCAUGCGUGAGGACCGAGCACACCUCAGCACCAACUUCUACAACCCCUACGGCAAGGACCUGGCCAUGACCCAAAGCCUGUCGCCCCCCUCCGCGGGUUCAGGCCUGGGCUCCUCCAUGCACGGCUAUGGCAGCUUGGGCAACAGCCCGAAUGGCAAUGGUGGCCAGAUGCUCCACGGUGGCUACGACGUCCACGGGGGGAGCCUCUUCUGCCGGACAUCAGAUUUUGGCCGUGAGAUGUCACCACCAGGCCUAGGAGGAGGCGAUGUGUCAGUGUCAGUGGGGCAUCAGCUGAACAAAAUGGAGGCUCACCAGCACGCCCCCAGCCACCACCCUCACCUCUACAGCCAGCACUACCAGCCCCACCAUCACCCAAGCCAGCAGGCCUCCAAGAUGGGCGAGCACCUGCACUCCUCAUCGUCUGCCUCAUCCUCGCCCGGCGAGGGCAUGCUGCCGGGCGGUGGAGGCGGCGCCGGGGAGGAGAUCAACACCAGGGAUGUGGCCCAGAGGAUCAUCACAGAGCUGAAGAGGUACAGCAUCCCUCAGGCCAUCUUCGCCGAGAGGGUUCUGUGUAGGUCACAGGGCACACUGUCUGACCUCCUGAGGAACCCCAAGCCCUGGGGCAAGCUCAAGUCCGGCCGCGAGACCUUUAAGAGGAUGUCCCGCUGGCUCCAGGAACCCGAGUUUCAAAGAAUGGCCUCGCUCCGGCUGGAGGCCUGCAAGCGAAAGGAGCAGGAACAGAGCAAGCUGGAGCGCAACCAGGGCCCGAAGCGCACCAGGCUGGUGUUCACGGACCUGCAGCGGCGCACGCUCCUGGCCAUCUUCAGGGAGAACCACCGUCCGACCAAAGAGCUGCAGGUCACCAUCUCCCAGCAGCUGGGGCUGGAGCUCUCCACUGUCAGCAACUUCUUCAUGAACGCCCGCCGACGCAACAUCAACAAGUGGGCAGACGAGGGCCGUCCCUCCUCCACGGGUUCCUCGGGCUCCAGCGUCUCCUCCUCCGCAGUGUCCUGCAGCACGGCAUGAUGAUGGACCGCCGAGGAGGUGCGGUGGGGAGGGCGCCGAGGGAGCAAGGGGGCACAUAGACUGGUCUAGGCAGAGAUCAGCCGUAAUAAAUGUCCUCCUCGUUAUCAGAAGGAGCGACGGAGCCAGCUAUUAUAGAUGAUUUUAUGAAGAUGAAGCAUUUUUCCCAAACCAAAGUCGAUCGCCCCCUUGAAAUAGAAGGGGGCGAUACCCAGAGUGAUAUGAUCGCAGGACGUGAGGUCCUGCUUGUAUAGUCAAGGGUGCAAAGAUGAUUUGACUCAAAGAAGAGUCACACCCUUACAUAGACACCAUCUCAUUGCAUUAUUUUGAUUAUCUAGAUUAGAGAUAAUGAGGGUAUUACAAAUCAGGAGAAAGCAUAUUUUGAUGUACCUUCAAAUCUAUAGUCAUCUCUCCAAACGUGAAGAAUCAAGAGGUGCCGUUUGCUCACAUCUGGAGAGCUCCAUUGUGUAACUUCUUAAUCAAAAGUGUUGUCCAUCAUCCAAAGACGUUAAUCCUCCCCAAAUGUUCUUAUGGUCCUUUUUUUCCUCAAGAAUCAAGGUGAAAGAGGAAGGAAAGGCUUUUUUUUUAACGUCCCAUUUUUUCUGAAGAACCUAAUUCCCCUUUCUUAGCAUGUGUUGCCAUGGUGAUGGUUCCCAGGACUGUAUGGCGUUGUUCCAAGUUCGGAGCCUGGGAUUAUCAGGAGGGUUCUGUAGCGUCCGUGACUCCCAGCUGUCAAUCAUAUACCAUCAACAGGAGCCUUUCCUGUAUUUUGUGAAGAUGGUCCCGCCUUGAAUGAAUCAGAGUUUUCAAGGGGGAACCGCAGUGCAUCUCGCCGUACGCCAGGACAGAAUCAAUAAACGCAAGUAGGACGCAGAAACAGACUUGUUGGUGCAACUGUCUAGCUUUAAGACUCUCACUGAGCUUCCAAACGAAAGCUCCACAGCCAUUUUUUGACUCAAAAUCAAGCCAAAAAAAAAAAAAAAAAUGAAAAAAUGAAAACCAACCUUUGAACACAAAGGCUCCACGGGGAAGAGAUACGCCUGACACAAUGUAUAGUGACAUUGUAGUAUUUUUUUCCACUCAUUUCCAAACAACUGUACACACCUCUGCUCCAUUACGAAAUCUUUUUUUUACAGAUGUCUAGAAAAUGGAGGAAUGUGAUUCUUUCAGCCCUUUUUGUACAGAUUUCAAGCACAUCGCUCUAUUUAUAGAAACACGUUGGAAGUGCGGGGCAGUUUGUUUCAGCCCUGCUGACGUACAAGGUCAUUUUUUUGGUCCACAAAGGAAAGGCUUUAACAUGCCUCCUUAUAGCCAAUAGUUAAAUCAAACCAAGAACGUUUCAAAUGCAAUUGCUGAUCUGAUCAAUGUAUUUAUUACUGCAUUUGUGUAUUUAUUGUUUUCCCUUUUUCUUUUCUCUCUCUAUUUAUUUGGUUAUUUAUUUAUUCUAUCUAUAUACUGUAAGUAUUUAUUUAACAAUGCUCUGUAUGUCUGUGUGAAACUGAAGACUUUUUCUGAUGGGCACUUUUAGCUGUAGAAUCCCAUCGUAAUACCAAAGAUAAACAUUGCCUCCCUGAAUGUACGGCCUGAAUCCCUAAACCCUGUACCCAGUACCCAAUCCCAACCCGAUCCAGCCCAACCCACCCAGUGAUGUUACGUAUCUCUCUCUAUCUUUAAGGCCUGGCCUUUGUUUUUUUUGUUUUUUUUGUAGAAUAAUGGGGAUUUCUUUACUCUUGCAAAUGUCUCUGCGGUCAGCUCUUAACGCCAAGGCCAAAGCUUGUUUGAAUGUUGUGAUAAUAUUUAUAAUUAAUAAUACUAUGAAUAAUAACAAUAAUAAUAAUAACGAUUAUGAUGUGGCAUCCCAUAGGUUCACAGGUUGCUUGUAAAGUUGUGUUCAGACCAAUGCCAUCUGGCCGAGUGUGUAAAGUAUCUGGGGACCCACUUAAAGCGCCGUCUGAAGGCCCCAUUGAGUGCGAGUCCUUCAGGGUCACAUGCAAACAUGCGUACUGUGUGUCUGCCUGGGGAAAUGCAUGGUUGUGACCACCCCCAUCUCCCUCACCUGCCCCCCCUCCCCAGUACAGUGCAGACAGUCCUGUCUAUGUCCAACUCAGUGUGAUCUCACCGUCCUCCACAUGCCAAGCCCUUCUGACAGUUGUCUCAGUUCCAAGAGGAUUAGGGUUCGUUCUUGACCUUCGGGGUUGUUAAGGUGUGUUCCUCACCUUCUGGGGAUCUAAUUUCAUGUGCCCGAGGUUCUGAAGGUCUUAGGGAGUUUGUUCUUGGCCUUUUAGGGUCUUAGGGUUUGUCCCUGGCCUUCUGGGGUUCUUCUGGUUUGUUCCUCAUCUUCUAGGGAUCUCUGAUUGAUGGUUGUGAGGCCUGGAGGCUUUGUCCCUGGAUUUUAAGGGUCUUAGAGUUUGUUCCUGAUUGUGGGGGAAUCUUUUGAUUUUGUUGCAAGGCUUCCGAGGCUCAUAAGAGUGUUGGGGUUCAUUCCUGAUCAUCUAAGGUUCUUGGAGUUUGUUCCAGGUUCUCUAGUCAGCAACAAGCACAGACAAAAGUGGUUUGAUUUGCUAGUGUUUUGCAUUGUGGAUGCCUAAAUCAGGAGAAAAUCACCCAAGAUCUGACUCUCUGACCCCUGUGUUAAUGCUGCCAAAGAGUGGCGUGGUUAGCUUGGCCUUUAUCCACCCUCUCUCUCUCUCUCUCUUUCUCUCUAUGUCUCUUUUCCUCGCUCUUUCUCUGUCUUUAACGUUGGAAGGGGCGGAUUGCCGGGGCCCCCUUCACAGCGUGCACUUGAAAGACGGGCGGUCAUGAAAGAGGCCAUCGACUUUUUCACAGACUUCAAAGGCGAGGCUUUUUUCAUCCCGUCUCCUCUCUGGGUAUCUGGUCUGGGGUCCGCUCUUGGCCAGACCUGUGGGCUUUAGGGGGCAUUCAAAGGGGGCGGGGGGAGAUCAGAGAGGAGGCUGAAUCAUCCAGAAUGAGGAUGGUGGUAGUGGUGUGUGUGUAGGAAAGGUGGGAGGGAGGUUGUUUGAGGAAUAGGAGGUGUUGGAGUAGUGGGGCAUGGAGCUGAAUUAAACUUUAAUGAGCAACAAUUGUAAGUACGCUGAGAGCAAAGGGGGGUGAUGGUGGGGGUGUGAGGUUGAGUCUGUACGGGGGGGAAAUAAAAAAUAAAAGAGCUUGGAGGCUCCUGUGCUGACCCCUGCUCGCUACUGUCAUUAUAUCAAAGCUGAGGUGACACCUUUCAGGUUUCUCUUUGUCUCUCUGACUGGGAGCCUAAAAUGGAGACGGAGCUUUUUGUAUUGAGCCACCUUCUGCUCCUGUCAAGCGGGGAAGCUCUUCCCUUUCUGUACAGAGAGGAGAUGGGAGGGAGGGAGGAGUGAAUCCAGUUGGCUGCUGCAGGUGAUCCACAUUGCCAUCUUAGCCUGCGGCACCCCCUAGUGGCUUUUCCAGAAACUUGACCCUGAAACAAGUCUGGCAGCCAAGGCCGUUGUAGAGCAAUUCUGAGGGGAGUGGAAAUUAUGAAAUAGCAGAACUGAAAGCGAAUAUAUACUUUCAGAGUGGAAAAAAAAAAAAAAAAAAAAAAAGACCACAAAAAACUGAUUUUUUGAUAAUGUUUAAACCAAAAAACAACCAAAGAUUGAUGGGUAACUGCUGAAUCAUUAUGUAUCUUGGGUAGUUUUAGCAGUUCCCUAUCAGAGCUACCGUAGCACUCAGAGGAUUCAAAAAAGCACCAGUGGGAUUCCGCGUGCUGAUUAUUUAUGUUGCAUAAAACAGUAUUAUGUUGAGCUGGAACUGAGAAACUGACAUGAGGCAGUGUCUUCAGAUGGAAGUCUUUUGACUCUGUAAACCCAGUGUCCCCCUGUCUGUCCCUGCCCUCUCCCCUGUGUGUACAUGAAGACUUUACCCAUCUACCUCAACUGUGUGAGAUGUUGUGUGGCAAAGAUAUUCCUUAACCAAAGAAUCCAUCCUGUCAGGGUGUCUGUCUAUCUAUCUAUCUAUCUAUCUUGUCUGUCCAUCCGUCUCUUCUUCAUGCCUUUUACUCCAAACCAAAUGUGCUGGAAUCAAUCCGUAACAGGAGCCAAACGAGGCCUCCAUCCAGCCAAAGCUUAAAUCCAGUAUGCUAGAGUGUCCCAUUGAUCCAUGUUCUGUAUAUAAAUAAAAUCAUUCUCAAGACCAAAAAAAGAAGGAGGUGACAAUCCAAGCAAGGAGGAUCUUGCUGUAAUCAACGUUGCCUAUUCCUUGUUUUCCGAAAUCUAGAAUCAUGUGACUUGCUGUAACAGAAAAGCCCAAGAAUCAAGCACUCAUCCCAAAAUAAAAAAGGUCGGAGGAGACAGAAGCUAUUUUUCCACAUUUGUAAGCCACCCCUCCCACCCCCGUUUUUUCCAAAAUGUUUAGUGUAGUUGAAAUACUGUUCGAUCCCACUGUUGUAAGUAGGAAUUAAUGAAAUCCAUACAAAAAGCUUUAAACGAGGAAGAGCUGAGGGAAAUAUUAUAUUUGACUGAGUCUGAGUUUCCUCAGCUUGGACUCGACCCACCAUGCUUUAUCGUGCCAUUCUUGUCCAUGUGUUAGACUUACUAAUGAAUGUGGCUAACCAACCAAAGGCUUUAAAAAAAAAAAGAUACACAACACUUUAAACGUCAAUCAUGGUGGGACAUUUUGUAUCAACAACUAAAGAAAAUCCCUUUGAAUACCUCAUGUGAAAAUUGUUUGUUGUGAUGUUGCACUAAAAAAAUAAAAAUGACUCAUUUGUAACCCAA